GUUACACCGGCUUUCCUGCCGCCUCAAUGUGGCUCCUGUUGUAAUGAUUUACCAUAGUUCUGUGUGCAGCUGUUAAUAACUCAACUAAUUAAUAACUAAAAAGACUGAUCUUGUUUUCCUUGGCGUGGUGUAAGUUUUACUAAUACAGAAAUUGCAGGGGAAAGCAAUGGCCACUGGAGAUAUUGCUCAGCUUACAGAGGCACUGUCCAAGACACAUGUUGGGGAUGUGGAAUUAAGUUAUAAGGGACGAGGGCUGAAGUUGGACAAUGCGGAUUCUGUCAAACAGAUGGUGCAGGAGAUCGAACAGUUUCAGGGUCUGCAGUCCCUCAGACUAGAAGGAAACACACUGGGGGUGGAAGCAGCACAGGUUAUUGCAAAGGCUCUUGAAGCUAAAAGUGAACUGCAGCAAUGCCACUGGAGCGACAUGUUCACAGGCCGUCUUCGCACUGAAAUUCCACCUGCCCUGAAAUCACUAGGCAACGCACUGAUGAUGUCAGGGGCCAGGCUGACUCAGCUGGACUUGAGUGACAAUGCCUUUGGCCCAGAUGGUGUAAAGGGAAUUGAAACCCUCCUCAAGAGCUCUGCAUGCUACACCUUACUCGAGCUCAGGCUUAAUAAUUGUGGCAUGGGCAUUGGAGGGGGUACGGUCCUGGCUUCUGCAUUGACUGAAUGCCAUAAGCAGUCUAGUGCAUCUGGCUCCCCCCUGAGGUUAAAAGUUUUCAUAGCUGGACGCAAUCGGCUGGAGAAUGAUGGCGCUACUGCGCUUGCCCAAGCAUUUAAGUUAUUAGGCAGUCUUGAGGAGGUCCAUAUGCCACAGAAUGGGAUCAAUCAUCCUGGUAUAACUGCUUUGGCCAGUGCCAUGCAGCACAACCCAAACCUCCACAUCCUCAAUCUCAAUGACAACACCUUUACCAAGAGAGGAUCGAUAGCCAUGGCAGAGGCCAUUAAGCACCUCCAGUAUCUUAAGGUCAUCAAUUUUGGGGACUGUCUGGUCCGGUCAGAAGGUGCUAUUGCUAUAGCAGGGGCCCUUAAAGAGGGGCUGCCACUUCUCAGGGAAUUGAAUUUGUCAUUUGGAGAGAUUUGCGAGGUUGCUGCUUUGGUAGUUGCAAAGGCUGUUCAGGGAAAAGCUGGCCUGGAGAAACUGGAUCUCAAUGGAAACUGCUUGGGAGAGGAAGGCUGUGAGACUCUCAGGGAAGCAAUGGAGAGCAUGAACAUUGGGGAUAUGCUUUGCUCGCUCAGUGAUGAUGAAGGAGAACCUGAUGAUGAUGAGGAUAGUGACGACGAUGAUGAUGAGGAGGAAAAAAAUGAAGAUGGAGUAGAAAAGGAAAAUGGUGUUAAUGGAACACAAGAUGUUAUUGAAGGAAAGGAGGAGCUUCAAUGCAGUUCUGAACUCAUGUCCUUCCUCAGCUCGCCAUCAGCUGAGAAUCUGCUCUCCCUUGGAGCCAAGAGGAUCCAGCUCAUUGAGCAGCAGGUUGAUGUUUCAGAUGUUAAUAAAGUGUCAGAAGUUUUUCUUAAAAUCUCAUCAGUAUAUGAAGAUGAGCCAGAAGUAAAGCAAGCUGUUUUUGAGAGUACUGAUGCCCUGAUGAAGAAAGCUUUUUCCAAAUCCCACUCUCAGUCCUAUAGUUUUAUCUGCUCACUGAUGGUGAAUCUGGGACUUUUAAAGAGUGAAGAUAAGAAGAUAAAGAAGGUGUCUGUGCUGCCUGGACACUUGCUGGCUCUGGAGCACGCAGCUGCACAGGAGUUCUUCCCAGUGGAUCAGGCUUGUGUUCUGGAAGAAUUUGUGUCACGAAAUGGCAAAAUCUUAGAAUCCUGUUCCACUGCCAGAGAUGCUCUCAAAUCCACAUUGGCGAAAAGAACCACUGCUUAAUUCUUAAACCACUGAAAUUCAUACGGGUCAAAGAAACUGGAAAAUUACAAAACUUGACAGGCUACUUGAGACACUCUAAAUUAUAAUCUAGUUUAUCUUGGAUCAGUUCAUUCUGGAUCCAUUUUGGCAUGCAGAUUUUAGACAAAGGAAACUGUUCACUCUACAUUGAUGACUAGUGCCUCAUAAUGAUUUCCUUACAGACAAACUGCUGAUUAGAGUAGCAUUGAAUAAGAGUGUUGUGUUAUUCCUUUGUUUUUUAGAAAAAAAUUCUAUUUUUAUACAUAAAAGGGAAAAAAAGGCACUGGAUGAUUUUAGGGCUUAAUUAUCACCUUGAUAUUAAAUUAUAUUAAAUGUUAUAACUGUAUGACAUUGCUUUACAACUGGUUGAAGAUGGUCACAUUGAUGUGGAGCACAGAACAUGCCUUUGACUAGAUGUGCCAUAUUGUGAAAUAAUUAUGGUGGGAUAGGCAUUCAAAACCAUAAAUCAACGUAUAAAUACCUACAAUACUCUUUUUGACUAAAGUGAAUAGAACAGAUCAGAUCACUGGUGAAAAAUAUGUUUGGACAUAUACUAUAUUUUAUACCAUAGCAGGCAUGCACUGUAUAUUUGUUCUAUUUGCAACAUUCCAGUUUGUUGAUAUUAAAAAUUAUUUUCAUUUCAA